AUGGGUUGCUUCAUUGGUUUACGGUGUGCGAAGAAACCAAAGAUGUAUCAUUCGAUCUUCACACCGAAGCCUUUCAAGUUCUUGCUAAAGCUCUGGUUGCCAAUUCACGUCCUUACAAAAUGGACAUGUGCGACCUCCACAACCGUAACGGUUUCAAGCUCAAGAACUUUAGAGACAUUAAAAUCUUACAUCUUUGCAGUAACGGUUUCCCAUGAAGAAACAAACAAUGUGUUCCUCUUCUUUACACCAAUCUCGCCUUCAUAA